CUGUUGCGCGCGCGUGGCCUCCGCUGACCCGGAAGUGUUCGCUCCCGUUAAAGGCGAAGGCCCGCGGCCCGCGGCCUCUUCCUGUCGGUGCCAGGGCCGCGUGUGGUCCACGCCGAGCGACAGAGACGCCCCGACUACGCUCUCAGGAUGACGGAGUGGGAGACAGCCGCACCUGCAGUAGCAGAGACCCCCGACAUCAAGCUCUUUGGGAAGUGGAGCACGGAUGAUGUGCAGAUCAAUGACAUUUCUUUGCAGGAUUACAUCGCAGUGAAGGAGAAGUAUGCCAAGUACCUGCCCCACAGCGCGGGCCGCUACGCAGCCAAGCGCUUCCGCAAGGCGCAGUGCCCGAUCGUGGAGCGCCUCACCAACUCCAUGAUGAUGCACGGCCGCAACAACGGCAAGAAGCUGAUGACCGUGCGCAUUGUCAAGCACGCUUUCGAGAUCAUUCAUCUGCUCACUGGCGAGAACCCCCUGCAGGUCCUAGUGAAUGCCAUCAUCAACAGUGGCCCUCGGGAGGACUCGACCCGCAUUGGGCGAGCCGGAACAGUGAGGCGACAGGCCGUGGAUGUGUCCCCUCUGCGCCGUGUAAAUCAGGCCAUUUGGCUGCUGUGCACUGGUGCCCGGGAGGCCGCCUUCCGGAACAUCAAAACCAUCGCCGAGUGCCUGGCGGAUGAGCUCAUCAACGCGGCCAAGGGUUCUUCCAACUCCUACGCCAUCAAGAAGAAAGACGAGCUGGAGCGUGUGGCCAAGUCCAACCGUUGAUCACCUGGCUGCAGCCCCAAUAAACCUGUUUGCCCUCUGAGGCAGCACCACC